AUGGCGAAGGACCAAAGUGCCCUGCCAUUUCCAACAGCUGCCGGGUAUGCUACGCUGGCACUCAACGGCGCGAAAGGAGGUGCUACAAAGUAUCUCACACUGCAGUAUCUCAACUAUGCUCGCUGGACUGCGCAGCAGCAUAGCUGCAGCAUGGUGCAGGCGCUUCGGAUCAUGGCCCGAGUGCACCUGAUCUCGGCCGAUGGCACAUGGACACCCUUCGGCGUUGCCAAAUAUUGGCGUCCAGCAGUGACACUCCUCAAUGAGACUGUCCACUGGGGCAUGAAGGUGCCAGCUGCUAUGCUGCUGUUCGAGCAAUUCCGGGAUAUCGGCCCUCACAGUGGUCUCUUUGCAGCAGUCGCCCUGAGCACCUGUGGAGAGGUAGCGGCCACUGGAUGGAGCGAACGCUUCGGUGUGCACAUGGGCUUGCAGCAGCACAUCUCAACAUACCGAAAGUCUUUUUCGAUUUCGCGCCAGGCUCGGCAAGGAGUUCUCGCAGGUGCCUGGGCUGGUGCAGGAGGACUCUGGGUGCGGAACUUUUCGUGGAACUUUGCUUUCUUCGAAUGGAAGCGCUUCCUGCACAAUGCGGUAGACUCCACUCCGGCCAACGUGCCCGCGUGGUUCGAAGCCCAUCUGGACUGGCUACGCAGCCUGGAGAAGAAGAACCAGGCCAACGUCCUCACAUUUGAGGCUGCGACGCUUGGAACGUAUCUCACAUUCUUCAACAUGGCCGGCGACAACGUCAAGACCAAGAUGCAGGUGGAUCCAGCGCGGUAUCCCAGCUUUCGCUUGACUGUGUACGAGAUCUGGCACAAGCAUGGCCUCUUAGGUUUUACCAGAGGUAGUCUCUUCAAGGGUAUCUAUCUUAUACUUGGAUCGACCCUCGCCAUAGGCAUUCAGGAAAGGCUGACGGAAAUCAUGGCAGCCUUGUUCCGAUAA